GCCGUUCCCUGUUGUCCUGCCCCUCACCCCCUGGAAGCAGAGCCCACCUGGGCUCGUGUCCAGCUGGAGGAGCUCCAGAACUUCCCUGGGAAUCCCUGGGUUCUCUUUUCCUUGCAGAUGCGGGGCCCGUAUCCGUCACCAUCCCGGCCUCUCCCUUCAUGCAAAAGUUGGGAUACGGCACCGGAGUCAACGUGUACCUGAUGAAAAGGUCUCCCAGGGGUUUGUCCCGCUCCCCCUGGGCCAUCAAGAAGAUCAAUUCCAAGUGCAACCGGAGCCAGCAGAGCCUCUACCGGGAGAGGCUGAGGGAAGAGGCCAAAAUCCUGCGGGACCUCCAGCAUCCCAACAUUGUGGGAUACCGGGCUCUCACGGAGGCUCCCGAUGGCAGCCUGUGCCUGGCCAUGGAAUUCGGGGGGGAAAAGUCCCUCAACGACCUGAUCGAGGAGAGGAGGGAGAAGGGCCUGGGCCCCUUCCCGGCCAGAAACAUCUUCCAGGUGGCCCUGAGCAUGGCCAGGGGGCUCAAGUACCUGCACGGAGAGAAGAAGCUGCUGCACGGGGACAUCAAGUCCCCCAACGUGGUGGUGAGGGGGGACUUCGAGGCCGUCAAGAUCUGCGACGUCGGAGUGUCCCUGCCCCUGGAUGAGAACAUGACCGUGAGCGACCCCCGGCUCUGCUACGUGGGCACCGAGCCCUGGAAGCCCAAGGAGGCGCUGGAGGAGGGCGGGACCAUCACGGACAGAUCCGACAUCUUCGCCUUCGGCCUCACGCUCUGGGAGAUGAUGACCCUCAGCAUCCCACACCUCGACCUGGGCCCCGACACCGGGGAGGAAGAGGAUUCCCUGGACGAGGAUGCGUUUGACGAGGACGCCUUUUACGCGGCGCUGGGGACGCGCCCGGCCCUGAACCUGGAGGAGCUGCAGGAUCCCUCCUACCAACCCCUCAUCGACCUGUUCUCCGUGUGCACCGCCCAGGAUCCUGGGAAAAGGCCCUCGGCCGCUCGGAUCCUGGAAGUGCUGGAGGGGAUCCAACCCCAGCCAUGAUUCCAGCCCCGCUCCCGACCCGUGGGAUCCCGGGAUUGCCUCCGGAAGAGUCU